GUCCCGUCCGAGCUGGGAUAGUGCCCCCGUCUCGGGUACUGGGGUGGGACUCACUUUGCUCUUGUUUUGUGCCUUACAACACACAUGCACCUCGUCAGGGCUUACUUUGCCUGCCCCUGUGCUAUAGAAGGAGGGGGGGGGGGAUACACAAUCCGAAUUGAAAAGCACUCUAGUGCACUGGCGAAGUGAAGUCAUCCUUUGCCCUCUGCCAGGCCCCGAACGUUGAGCCUCAGCCCCGAGUAGCCAGAGAGUUCCAGUCAAGUCUGAGACGCUGCAGGAGAUGCUUUUGCAAAGUUUGGGCUUCCUGCCCCCUUUCAGCAAAAUGUUCUCAAUGCCUCCGCGGGUGCGAAUCCGCGCUGACGGACAGCCAGGGGAGCAAUUGAUCAUCGGAGGCUGAUUGAUCAUUUGUUUCCAAAUAGGACAGAGACGAUUUUCAUGUGCAGAGAUAGACUUGCGUUUCUACCUAAUAGUGUGAGAUCCUGUCACCUGUUACUACAGGGAAUACAACGUGAAAUCCGAAUCUCUUAGGCGCUGUUAACUAUCUUAAACGCAUUAUGAUGCAAAUGGAUGGGAUUCCGAGAUCCAAGUUAGGAAGCAAAUUUUACAAAAGUUAGGCUUGGUGGUGAAAGGGAAGUUUUAAUAUAGAAAUUGUUUUUAGUUUUCUAAAGAUAGUCUCUAGAUUCAAAAUAAUUGUCAUUAAAACACUGAGCAACCUUUGAUUGAGGAAGGAAAUAAAGAGAAAUUUACCAUCAACAGCUUUCUAACCCUAAAGUUUUCCCUUUAAGGAUAACUUUCGAUGUUCUAAGAUUUUAUUGAAAAUGGGAUUCACAAAAUCGCUAUGAGAAAAACUAACAAUAUAAUCAAAAAGGUAAACUCUCUAUUCAUGAGGCUCAAUUUUAUGGUAGAUGGAAGAAAAAAAAGCACAUGAGAGUGUGAAAUUAAAUAUUUGUGUUUCCCAGAUUGUACACGAUUAAACAUCUGAGAGAUUUGCCAAUGGCAUUUAACUUAAAAUAUACAUAAUGCAUAAUUCAAAUUCCCAUUUUACCUCAUCUUUGAAACUUCAUUGAUUUGAGAGCCUUUGGUUUGAAACAAUAGUAUUUAAACUGCAAAGGUUACAGUAAUCUGUCAUUGCUAUGUUUUGUGCCUUCUAACCAAUGGCCCAGUGACCAGAUUUUGCCUAACACAGUAUUUUCCAAGUUCAUGUAAUUGCAAAUAUUCUGUAGAAGACUUCAUUACAUGCUCUGCUUAUUGUCAAAAGUUUUAAAAAGAAGUCGUGGAAAUAACUCUAAAGGGGCAAAUCUUUGUCAGACACAUAUUUUUUAUUAAAUUAUUUUAGUCAUGUUUUACUCAAGCGAUUACAAGAACCUUUAACAAAAAAGAUCUGGGCAUCUUUCAAAAGCAGAACACCAGUAAAGAAUUCAGUUUCCCCAUUUCAUGGUUCAGGUAUGGGUUUUUUUUUUUUUUUUUUUGUCUUUUAUAAAACAUUUAAAUGACAAUAGGAUCUGGCGGUCACUUUAACUAGGAAGUGUAGGCAAUAGUGACAAUAGUGUGGUCUCUGAGGAAGAGAUUCAAGGGUCAGAAAUGUCACAUGGCCUUUGGACAAUUCCAGGGACCUCCAGGAACUUGAGCUGACCCAAAAGAUGUAAAUUGGGCAUAAGGAGCUGUCGUGAAUCUCCCGCUUUUAGGGUUUUUCCCCCUCAGCAUUGGCAUUGUCCUUUAGAAGAAAAAGAUGAUUUGGGGGUUCAGGAGUAUCCAGGGGAAGUCAUCCCCCCACUUCACCCCCAAGCACCUGCCUCAACACUUCCCUUUAAAGGUUCCUGUUGGGUUUCAGGCCACUUGUUAAACCUCAACCCACUGGUCUUCUAAAGACAGGGGUGAAAAACAAAACAAAACAAAACAAAAACAAAAACCCACCAAACCCUCUAAACUUUCUCCUUUGGAGUGAAUUAUGGCUUCCUUUGAUUUAAGUGUUCUCUCAUACUGACAAGGUAAGAUGAUAGUAGUGAAAUGCAGUUUUCUUCCCAUGGUGUUACUCAGAUCUCCUGACACCUGUUACUGUCUUUAAUUUUAGUUAAUUUGGGGGCAGAAGAGUUGGGCAAGAAGAUUAUUGGCAGGUGUUGGAGGUAAGGUCUAAGCCAGGAGUCUCCUUUCGUAGUUCACCAGCACUAGGAGUCACCAGGACUGGCUUCGGGGCUCUGAGGAGUAGAUUUAAUUUCCUCCCGGAGACCUGGACGUUUUGCUAAAAAGAAUUGUGAAAUAACGUUUAAGAAUUUUAAAGUACUUUUGGGGAUCUGAUGAGGGGUGACAGGAGUGGGUUUUUAAGCAGUGGCCUGCCUGUUGAGAGAGCACAAACUUCUCUUAUUUGUCACCUCAGGGCAGAACUGCCCUGGACUGUCUCCUGGAACCAGAACUUCCAACUGGUUAACUCCUCUCUUCUUUGCUAGCCCCCAUUUGUCUUGUAGGCAACACUCAUCAUUGCUCCAAUUCAUUUCCCAACUCCUAUCUCUCCUACCUGUAGCGCCUACUAACUACUCCAGAGAGUCUUCAAUAGUGUGAAGAUAUUGCAGCUCUGUCACCACACUUAAGAAUCCAGUAGCAGUUCAGAAUCCCCUCCCUACUUAACUGGAAGGGUAGCACACAAGGAGACACUCAUUGAGCACCCCCACCCCAACUUUAAAGCAGAAGGCAAAGCUUCACUCACGAAUGAUGUUUCCCACCAGACUCUUCCAUUUGUUCAACGCGGAACAGUCUUGGGUGUCUGUCUUGCCUGCUUAAUACAGAACUGGCCCUAGUCUGCAAAAGGAGCUGUCCCCAUUCUGCAGAGUGGCAUAGUGGAUAAAUGACUGCCCGGGGUUUCUCCAGGUAAAAAAAAAUAUCCAUCUAGCUCUGCACUGAGUAGCCAUUUCUCUAGGCUUCCAUGGGAGGCGACUAGACUAGAUUCCAGAGGCCAGCAAUCCAGUCCCAGGAACCGGGACUUGGCUCUGCAAAGGCAUUUGUAUGUAACUGCGUCUCAGCGCCUGCGGAUUGGCCUAUGAACCCUGGGGUCUGCAUAUCUGUACGGGUGUGGAAAAUGCAGAUGUUCUGGCUCUGGCUCCUGGCUGAGGGCGCCAGAGUCACAAGGUGCAAGUCCUGCAUCCGUGCUCAGAGGCUCAGGGCAGUUGGGCCUGCUGGCCUGGGUCAGCUCAAGACUCAUCACCUCACGCUUUUAUUUCCACUGUCCCUGAAGAUAGUCCAGCCUACUCUCCUGGCAUUAUAAACCCCACUCUCUCUUUUCUGCAGGCUGGCAUACUCUAGAGAAGGGAAGUGUUUGAAACUGCAACUGAGUGGCGUUGUUGCGCCAGCAGCCAAGCUUCCCAGUCCCCAAAUGAGAGAGAGGGCGGGAGAGAGAGGGAGGGAAGGAGGGAAGGAGAGAAGGAGAGAGAGAGAGAGAGAGAGAGAGAGAGAGAGAGAGAGAGAGAGAGAGAGAGAGAGAGAGAGAGAGAGAGAAGAGAGCGAGCGCAGAGGCACACAGAGAGAGGGGGUGGGGGAGAAGCGAAGGAGGGGGAGGGGGAAGGGGGUGUGUAUCAGCUUGCAGGAGAAGAGAGAGCUCUGGAGCAAAGCAACUGGAAAAUGCCCAGAAAUACUUUCCCAGUGGUCAAGCUGGGACCCCCCCGCGUGUCCUCCCUCUCUGGGUCCCUCCACUCUUAGGCCCCCGCCGCCCCCUGCAGGGAGGGUGUGCUCCCCCACCUGCCCGCCGGCCGAGCCCGGUGGCUGCGGCGAGGGGGCUUGCGGCCGCGCGCCGGCCCGAGCACCCGGAGGCCCCGGCCGGGCUGCCCGCGGGACCGCGCGGCCGCCUCCCCCGCCGCCCGCCCCUCCUCCGCCGCCGCCCGCGCCGGCCGCCUGUCUCCGCGCCGGGCAUGUCUCGGGAGCCGGGGCGGCCCGGGCCGCGGGCGCUGUGCGGCGCAUGGACCGAGGCGGCCGGCGAGCAGAGGGAGGACCAGGCGCGGGCAGCCGAGGAGGCGGCGAGCUGCGGCUGGGAGCACUCCGGGCGCGAGGGGACGUCCGGCCGCCGGCGACGCUCGGGCCCCACUACUUUCCCGUAGCCUCCCAGGCUCAGCAGCGCGGCCGCCGCCACCGUCGCCGCCACGGCCACGGCCACGGCCGCCGCCCGCCGGGGCCCCCGAGCGCCGCGCACGCCCGCACUCUCUCCCGCCAGCCCACGCACACGCACACCCCCGCCCUCCCCACGCCCCCCGCCCCGGGAGGGGGGAGCGAGGCAAAAAGUAAGAGAGGAAAAAAAAAUUGCAGGAAGAUGGCGCCCACCAAGCCCAGCUUUCAGCAGGAUCCUUCCAGGCGAGAACGAAUAACUGCCCAGCAUCCUCUGCCCAACCAAUCAGAAUGUAGGAAAAUCUACAGAUAUGACGGAAUCUACUGUGAAUCUACCUACCAGAAUUUACAAGCACUGAGAAAGGAGAAAUCCAGAGAUGCUGCUCGAUCCCGCCGGGGAAAAGAAAAUUUUGAGUUCUAUGAAUUGGCCAAGCUGUUGCCUCUUCCUGCCGCCAUCACCAGCCAGCUCGACAAGGCAUCCAUCAUCCGACUUACAAUUAGUUAUCUCAAGAUGAGAGACUUUGCCAACCAAGGGGAUCCUCCAUGGAACCUGAGGAUGGAAGGCCCUCCACCAAACACCUCAGUAAAAGAUUCCUCUAGAUUCUUCUCAGCCUGUCUGUUCAACAUGGGGCACAGGGAAAGCCACCUGCCACUGAGAGACUUUGGAGAACAAAGGGCAAUGAAGGCCAGAGAGAACAUCUGUUUUCUAAAGCUUUUGUACUCUUGUUCAUGUUAAAGUUUUGUGCUUUGAAAUUUGUUUCCUGAGUUCACUAUAGCUGGUGAGUUUGGUGUGUUCCUGUUCAGCUUUUGAUACCCAGUCCAUAUGUCCCAUUCUUAUGUAAAAUUCUCUUCCUCCUGAAUCAUUAGCAAUCUUUGUGAGGCACACUGACAUUUUUUCUGUCACUUUAUUGUUAGCCUAUCCUUUAUGUACUUUUAUGUACUUGCCUGUGGACUAGGGCAUAAGAUCAUUGAAAGCAUUGUCUGGCUCCUUUUGUUCAUUUUAACAGCUAAGAAUGCUGCUUUGUACCUGGAAGAGUACUGAGUCCUGCUUUAGAAUUGAAUUAUAGUAAAGAUUUCUGUUUUCACACUUAAAUAAUACUCAUCGAAUGCUAUGUUUGAGCAGCUGUGGGCAGGUGAAAAUAAUAAAAGUGGAAGAAUAAAAAGAAAAAAUAGGAAAACUGGAGGGAGAACAAUGGUUAUAGUGUGAAAUCAAAGGAAAAGUAAUUUGGGUUGUAGAGCAGGCAUGAGAGGGAGUGGAAGUUCUUGCAUGAGCCCUUGUGAUCCCAUUGGCUUACUCACAGAUGCAUGGGGAGGAGUGGAAAAUCCCAGUCUCACAAUGCCCACAAGAACCAGUGUAACCUGAAGUCUGGUCAGCAGAUUUUUGUCUUUUCUCAUAUUUAAUUUAGUGCUCCACAUUAGAGUGUUCACAUUUUCUAGAAGGAGAAGGAGAGGGAGAGAGAGAGAGAGAGAAAGAGAGAGAGAGAGAGAGAGAGAGAGAGAGAGAGAGAGAGAGAGAGAGAGAGAGAGGGAGAGAGAGGGAGAGAGGGGGAGAGGGAGAGAGGGAGAGAGGGAGAGAGGGAGGGAGGAGGGGGAGGAGGAGGAGGAGGAAGAGGAGGAGAAGGAGGGGAAGGAGGAGGGAGAGGAGGAGGAGGAAGAAGGAGGAGAUCUAUCUAUCUAUUCAUCCAUCCACCCACCCAUCCAUCCAUCCAUCCAUCUACUUUCUAAUUUUGAAUUCAAAUUUUGUAGAAAAGAUUUAUCAAUUAGUAUCUUCUGAGAUGGCUCAGGUUUCUUGAAGCUGUGUAUUAUUAGUAUCACAACCUAUGUACUUUCACUUUGUAUUUGCUAAUAUCUCUGUCUUUUAUUUUACUUUAUUCCCCUCAACAUAAGGAUAUUUUAUAUCUCUAUCAUGUCUUGGACUAAAAAUAUGACCAGCACACAUGAGCACAUGGAAACAUGUACAUGAAUACGCAUACACAUUUUCCCACUGAAGUCUUUUAAAUCUGUUUUGAUCAUUGCGAUUUGAAAAGAUGUAAUCAUUACAAAUCAGAGUCUAAAAACAAAGCACAGAGUUUUGUAAAAAUGUAGCAUCCACAGACUAGGUCCCUGGGACUGUAUAUGUUUGUUAUUAACUUUUACUUUCUUGGCAUAACUUUAAGGCACACUCUUGUAUUCUUUACAUUUGACUUUGAAAAUCUACUGGUUCCUAAAUAAUGUCAUGCAUCGGUCAUGGCACCCUGUGGCACUAUCUUAUGCUGUUUGGUAUCCACUUAUUUAGUACUUUCAAGUUUCUGUGCUCUGUUUUGUAAGACUGGAAGUCUUGAAUAUGCUUUUGUUGGCCCUAUAACCUCUUGCAAAGCAUAAUAUAUUGUUUCAGCACUCUGUGGAUAACAAUAUUUCAUGAGCAUAGCAAAGAGUCACCUCUGACUGCUUUAUAUGAUUGAAAUUGUACUAUGACUUUAAUUUCCCGAAACUGCUUCCUAGAUACUGUGCAUAAGUCUUAGCUGUGCCUUAAUAAACAUGUGGUGACCUCUACCUAUGAAACUAAUGUGGCUUUGAAUACUGAUUGGCUACAGCUUUUCACAUCAUUUUUGAGUCUGCAGAAUGUCAAUAAAUGCCAGAACCUAGGCCAAAAAGGAGCGUAAAGAGAAUUUUUUGAUCUAUAUUUUUUAGAAGCCAGGCUUUUAUCCCAUUCUUGUUUUGAAAAAGAAAGAAAGAAAGAAGGAAAAAAAGAAAGAAAGAAAGAAAGAAAGAAAGAAAGAAAGAAAGAAAGAAAGAAAGAAAGAAAGAAAGAAAGAAUUUGAGAGAAGGUAGAAAGAAGUUCAAUGACAAGAUAAAGUGAUUACUGAUCAGUGGCCUGUAGCUCUUUGUGUAUGGGUGGCUCUAUCAAGUUUCUUCCCCCCAUUUUAACAUGACUGUUGAUGUCGUUAUUUGGAUCUUACUUGGGCAGCCACGUGUAUAGCUAGAUUGCUAUUUCAAGAAGGCACACUCUCACUCUAGACUUCCAGGACCUCUGGAUCAUGAACCCUUCUCCUCUUCCACGAUGUUCUCUGAGCCUUAUCUGCAGGAGUUAUAUUGUAGGUGGAUCUAGUUUGGCAUGGUACCUACUCUCAGUUGUCUGCUCUAUUAAUGACUGCUGAGAGAGGGAGAAUCAGUCUUCCCCUGGGAUAAGUCCCUAGCUUAUCCCAUAUAGAAUGGGUAAGCCCUGAAAUCGUCUGUAUAUAUACAAACAAUAUGAAAUGACCUCAGCAGUUGUAUUUAUGCAUCCAUAUGAUGUGUCUAUGGAUAUAAAUGCAACAGUAAUAAAAGAGAAAAGGGGAAAAACAAAGUAAAGAAUGAACUUGGGAGUAAAAAUCUGUUUGGUACACUUUCCUGCAUGAUUGUGACUUUCUGUUUUGACCUUGUUACAACUCGUUAACAUCUCUUCUCUACACUGACAGUGCAUGUACACAUAUGUACACAUAUGGGGCUCAUGCAUGUACCUGUGGUUUAGCCCAUAGGUUGCCAGUUCCUACCUAACCCAUUACAAUAGUUAGGGACAGUGAUCAUUAUUUUUAAAGAAUCGUUUUUAUAGGAUCUUAGUACAAAUUGUACAGAUUGAUUCAUAUUUAAGGUAUAACAAUGCAGUGUUUGGUUUUGUUGUAUUUUAAUGUAAAAAAUACUGGAAUGUAUUUUUAAAGCAACAUUCAGAGUUGACAUGUGUUAAUAUACCUGUAUACUAUGAUAAUCAGUAAAUAAUUUGUGCUCAAGCCAGAGGUGUGGUGUGUCAUAUAUUUUGAGGUAAAUAUGGUUGUAAUAAAUUUUUCUGCAUUUGAGGUAGCUUGGCUUAUUUUCACUGCUUUUAAAAUUUAAUGUAGUAAUAAUUAAAACAUGGGCUUAUUUUGAUAGCAUUCUCUGGAGAUUAUUAGGGAAUUAAAAUGAAAAUAUUGUAUAUGAAACCUUUUCUUUUUUACUUAAAUUGUUUAUCAAACAACUGCUUGUUUAGGUUAAAUACUUUUGACUUGCCUCACCAUAUAAUUUAUUAGUUUUCUUUAUAAUUGAACUGGUUGUUUAAAUCCUCAUGUGAUUGUAGCUUUCAUGAUACAAUUAUUAGGAAGAAGACAUUUAGAAUUGUUCAUCAAUAAUCCAGUAUCAGAGCUUGGGUGGUAUAGUAGCUGAUUAGCAUGAAAAAUUUUGGGUUCAGUCCUCUGACUUGCAAUAAUAAUAAUGAUUAUUAUUAAUAUAACAAUAGUUAUUAUUAUUUAUAACUAUAGUUAUAUUGGCUAUAAUAGUAGUUAUUCUUAUUAUACCUGCAGUGUUGGGGAUCAGGCUCAUAGCCUUGCAUGUGCUAAGUAGAUAUUCUGUCACUGAGCUACAUCCCUAGCCCAAGACUCCAAAGCUGCUGUUAUCACACUGACUUAGAUGGGCAAAGCUAACGUGAUCUUUUGCAGAUAGAAUUUCACACAUUUCUAAAACCAUGCCAAAAUGAAGAAACAGGAUUGAAUCGGAUAGCAGGAUUUAACUUUAGCAACUUAUUAUACUCAAGAAAUAAAACAUUGUCUGUAGAAAAUAGCUCCCUUGGUCUUUUCCUCAUGUCCCCUGGGAUCUGUUCUUUACAAAGUCCUCGCCAAGUUCUCCAUGUGUGAAUGUUACUGUGUAAAUGCCUAAAAGACACCAACAUGCAGUGAGUUCCUUAUCAUCACGUCCCAAAGCAGUCUAGAAACAAAACAACAACAACAACAACAACAACAACAAACCCUGGUGCUGUCUGGUAAUUAAAGCACAUCACUCAUAUAUAAUUUUACAGUUUGAAAAAUAAGACUAUGUUGAAUAUCAGCACUGAUGAUAAAAACAGACUGUGUACACAGUUUGGGUUUUAUAUAAAUACUUUAAAAUAUUGGCUUUCUUCUGUAAAAAUAGAUGAAUACUAUCCAGGUUUUUACAAGAAUUUUUAGCGUAAAAGCAAAAUUGCUCUCAUUUUCCGUGUUGAAAGGAGGCAUGAAGAGAGAGCAUAGGAAAGCAUAGGAAGUGUGGUAUGUUCUAGGGAGGCAUGACAGGAGGCGUGAGACUGAUGUAGGCAAGCCUUAUUUGGGGGAGUUUUGGGGAGAGGGGCUGCAGACAGGGACAAGGUGAUACUGGCUUAGCUGACACCUGACCCAUAGUGUUUUUCCCUGUUGAUAUGGCGCUACUGAUGGUAGAGAAACAUCCAUGAACAAGUUGUUCCGGGUGGAUCCAGUAUUGCUUUCAUGGGGCAGGCAAUCAACCACAGCAACCAGACACAGCCUGCUGGUAACGGCUGCUCAUUGCACUUGUUGCUAUAUGAGCUUUUUUCAGUUGGACACUGAGAUCAGGACAGGGAGCCUUUGUAGGAUAUUUUUAUUAGCUUGAACUAUUAUGAUAUACACUCUAAUCUUUCUGGCUCAAACAAUAGAUUUAACAUUCUGGAUAUCUAAACAACUAAGAUUUGGGUAUGGCAUGCUCUCAUUUUCAGAGAAGACCAACUUUCUGGUUGAGAUGGAAUGUGCUGGGAAGAGAGGGAGGCAAGGAAAGGUAAUGGGUGUGCCCUUGUCUCAUCUCACGAGCAGCAAUACCAUUUCUGAGGAUCCCACCCUCGUGGCAAAUGCUUCCCAUAGCUUCAACCUCCACAUACCAUCACAGUGAAGAAUUAGGCUUAUUUAACAUGUAUUUGGAGGGAAUAUCCAUUGAGUCGACAAUAUAGAGAUUCAGCUGCUUGUGAUGAAGGCACAGUCCACGUACCCAAAGCAGAGUAUAUGAAUGUGUAGUAGUGAUGAAUCCACUCAGUCACCUCAGUGUGUCUUGAGAAUGGCACAGCAAGUCUUGGUUGAGGGAAUCAGGUGCUUCUAACUUCAAAUCUCUGUUGUGAACAAUAUAUACUUUAUAACUUUAGCCCUCUUAUCUGAAAAUUUGAAUCUGAGACUCUUGGCUGUUUAAGUAUGCCUUCUCCUGAAUGUCCAGGAGGCAACUUAAUGAAAAGUUUGAAUUUGUAGAGGAAUUAGCAAGGAACUCCUGUUUUUGAUUUGUGCUACAUGCUAAGGUUUCUGUUUGGUUUUUAUUAUUGUAUUAUUAAGAUAUUCAAGAGAGAGUAAGUCAGGCAUCAGGAAGAAGGUGGAAUUUAAUAUGCACUAUUUAAGAAGUAAUUCAGAUUCUAAUGUGGAAACAAUUAAAUCAUAAUAGAGGAGAGAAAAUUUUGUAUUUCUUAAAUGGCACAAGUUACUGAGGAUGUUAAAACAAUUUUAUCAAAAUAAGAUUUAUGAAGCUGCUUUGCAAAUUGUCAGUAUGUGUAUAUUUCAUUGAGUUGAUAAGAAAAUAAAACAGUUUUUAAACAUUUUAUGCCUGAAAUUCAACAGCCAAUUUAUUAAAAUAAUAAUGAAUACAUGUGCCACCUUUUUUCUUGUGAGUUUGUCUAAAUAGAAGUAAUAUUACUUGGGGUUUAGGAUAUUACUUUUUUGUCCAUAAAAUCAGAUAAUGGAAGGUAUUAUUUAUAUCAAAAGAGGUAUAAAGUCUGAAGGAGGCAGCCUGUAAACUAGGUCUGAAAGGUUACUAGACUUUUUUUUUUGUAUAUGAGUAAGCAUAUUUUUAAAAAUGUACAAAUGGCGCUUUUUCAGCCAAAAUGUAACCAUUGACUAAGAAAGAUAUUACUAGAAUUUUUAUUUUCAGAUGAAAAUAUUCAAGGUCUUAAUUUUAGGUACUCAUGGAAACUGUUUAAUUUACCAUGUAUUUCUAUUAUCUGAGCAUAUCUCAAACAACUACCAGCAUGAAUCACACACUGUCCUUUAUAAAGACAAACCAACAACUUGAUGAACUAUAAUCUAGUAUUUCCUUUCUGCCACCCUUGCUUCUAAUAGAUAUAGACAAGUAUCUUUUUAAAAUCAGAACUCCUGGUAUACAUGGUUUCCUCAGCCCCUCUAAUCCUAAUACAGAUAAUAUCACACCAGAGAAGGAACGCCAUCCACAAGCAGGAAUUCAAAUGGCCUAAGCUCAAGGGCAGCCUGGGCCAUGGCGGCUGAGACAAGCUGCCCCUGCACUUGGGAUUUGCCCCUAAGUCACCACAGGCUGUGAUUGAGAAUUGAGCCUAGACAGCGUGGAAGUUGAUGUCUUAUACCUUCAUUUCACUUAAAUUAGUACAAAGGGAGGGAACAAUUUUACUUCACAUGUGAAGUCAGUCAUUUCUUGGGCUGCUAGCUCCGUAUUUUAGCAGAACAGCUGUUCUGUACAACAUGGCUUUCUGUGAGCAGUAUUUCCACUGUUCAGAAAGUGGCAGUCUGCCAAGACAGUGCCCAGACCAACCCCUAAACAACAACAACAAAAAAAUCUCCUUUUGUCAACGACUCUAAUAAUUUGUACAAUUGAGGAAAAAGGGGGGGGGGCGGUCCACAGCCUUUGCAGAUGUGCAUUUAUGAUGCUAUUUUUAAGCAGAGGGCCAUGAAAGAAUAGAUUCAUACGAAUUGUAAGUUGAUCAUUCAUUUUAUGCCUUUGGCUUCUGCUACUGCUAAAAUUUUAUUCUGUGUAAAGAAAACACAGCCAGCCUUGAAACAAGGUAAGCCAGAGUGUGACAAGAUGGAAUUUUUCAGUUUUGAACCUGUGAUGCCCGCUUAAAAACAGAGCGCUGUGCAGUCUUUCUCCCACUCCAUCUAAGGAGAUAAAUGCUACUUGCUGGGCUCCCCACAAAAGAAAGUUGCCAUCCUUCAGCAUUUUGAAGAAAUAAACUCUUAAUGAGCCUGCAUUCGUUUACAGCAGUCCAUUCUCUGAAAAUGAGUUUAAGCGCUGUAGAAACCGCCAGAAGCACUUGCACAACCAACUUCAAAUUAAUAUGUGUUAAUUCUCUGUAACAUAACAUCAGAGGCACCAAGCCUGCUCGAAGCUCAGACACGGUGUCUACACUCUGGUUAUAGAAAGCUACAGCCAUGGGUACUUUUACCCCAUUCGUGGAGUUAAGAAGACCAAAUGAGUUUUAUACAUUCAAGUUCCCUAGAAGAGAGUUCUCAAACUUCUAUGGACAGAGACAAUCUCAUCUAAGCUUUGUUUCAUAUUAUGCUGGAUGUGUAUAUGAGAGAAUUGCAACAUCCACCCCAGAUUACUAAAAAUGAACUUAUGUUCUGAAAUAUGACAUGGAAUUUACUACAGACUCAUUCUACAAGAGAGGAAACAGAACAGAAAGAACUAGAACUAUGUGGCAAUGACUGUGAGACAGAUCAAGGUCUUAAUCACACGCUGGAAGGACAACCUUUCACACAUACUAAUGAAGGGACACAGGUUAUCAUGGUAGGAAGUUACUAAAACUCACUUUAUUCUUGCACUUAGAAAUACUUCACAAAGUAGUUGCUUAAAGAAAUCGAUUUCAUCUUUGAAAUUGUUAACCGUGUAUCUUUGAAACAUUUCUCGAGUUUAAUAAGAGUGAACAAUGACACCUACAAUUCUUGUCACCUGUGCUUGUCUGCAGUAAAGGUCACUGAGCUUUUUGAAAUGAUAAACCGCAGACGAAUUGUCCACAGAAUGUUUUAUAAAUGUUUACAAAUCACAUUUCUUAUAUGUUAGAGAACUUCUCUAUGUUAAAGAUUAAUUGUGGCAAUGGGUAGUUAGUCAAGUUUGUUUUUAAUAAAAAGGUAGAUACUUUUCUUCAAAUAGACAUGUGCUACUCUUUUAAUUUUUUUAAAGAUAAGAAAUAGACCUGUAUCUAUAAAUUAUGAUUUAAGGAAUCAGAGAGACAUAACUGUCCCUGUCCCAGCAUGUGACUGAUUUCACUGUUAAUGUGAUAAUAGGGAGAGUAUAUAUAUGUAUGUAUGUGUGUAUGUGUGUAUGUGUGUAUGUGUAUAUGUGUAUAUGUGUAUAUGUGUGUAUGUGUGUAUGUGUGUAUAUGUGUGUAUAUGUGUGUAUAUGUGUGUAUGUGUGUAUAUGUGUAUAUGUGUAUAUGUGUAUAUGUGUAUAUGUGUAUAUGUAUAUAUGUAUAUAUGUGUAUAUGUGUAUAUGUGUAUAUGUGUAUAUGUGUAUAUGUGUAUAUGUGUAUAUGUAUAUAUGUAUAUAUGUGUAUAUGUGUAUAUGUGUAUAUGUGUAUAUGUAUAUAUGUAUAUAUGUAUAUAUGUAUAUAUAGAUAUAGAUAUAGAUACACACACACAUACACAUUAUAUUUUCCAAAUAUAUAAUUGGCAGUUUGGUCCUUGGAGCCUACAAAGAUUAGUGAACCUAACUGAGUACGCAGUCAUGGAGAAUACUGGGUAUCAGUCGUCCCACAGUGGUCUAAGUGGCAUAAAAAGAGUAUUGUCUUUUCCCUUUGUAGGUUGAAUACUCUUCAUAUAUUCAUGACUUUUUAAUGCAAAAGAUAAAUAUGAAAAGGAUGGUACUUCAUGAUCCUUCUUAAGCUGAAUGCAGGUGCUUUAUAGUUGGCAGGUUUACCAAACAAAAUACAUUCCACUUGAUCCAUGUUCUUUGUAAAAGCUGAAGUAUGUUAAAGUAGAUCUAAUAUUACUGACUUCUGUUUAAGAAAGAAAACUAGCCUGAAAUAAUUUUAAUAACAUUUUAUAACUAUAGUUCAUGAUAAAGUUCUUAUAGACAACUAGUUACUGGUAUGGAUUUUGUUUUGUCCAGUAUUAUCUCCUAUCACAUUCUAGCAGUAUCCCCAGGUGGAUUGAAACUGAUAAGGAGACAGUUUCUUAGGUUGCAGACCGAGUGAUGCCAGUGCCGUUAUGUUUGUGAGCCUUGGCAUAACUCCACUGACUUGUCUCUGGACAUAGCUGAUACUCUGCAGGGGAUCUGUGCAGGAAAGUAUGAUUGCUUCUGGAGCGUCAUCCCUACCAUGGAGGACCAGUCACCAAACUACACUGAAACAUUUGCUCCCUCACCCAUGAACCUACACUAGGAGAUCAUAAUUUGAUCGGAUGUUAAAUCUGUUUGUUCUUCAUGGAUUUUUGGUAAUUUGACAUGGUACUCUGACAUAGACAGUUUUCUGACGUUAACCAAACCGGAGUCAGAAUUCCUCAUGUUCACCAGUGCUUCGUUGAACUCAUCCUUCGUUUGCUGUCCUUGCUUUGGAGCUGUGUCUGGGCAAAGCUUCUCUUCCUGUGCUGAGUGAAGGGUGCUGAUGGAUGCAGUUGGUGAGGUCUGAGUUCCCAGAGUGUCUCGCAGUCUCCUGCCUUGAUAUCCUUCUGCCUUCCAGCCUGAUUUUCCUCUUCUCUUUCUGCUCCCUCUCUGAACUAUUCCUUCGAGGUAUUACAGUUAGUAAUCUUGUUCAAGGAUUUGCAGUACAAAAUCGUCCAAUAGUGGUAACAUUUUAAAUAAUGACUAAGCAAUGUUCAGAAGGGCAACCCAUGUGAAUAAGAUGUUUAAGUACAGGUUUCUCUGAGAUCUAAAGGUUUCUCCACUUCAUUUUCUAGAGCAUAUAGUAUUGGCUGGGGGGACAUGGAGUGAAGAAACUCACUAUUGCAUUAUGGGUCAUUUCUGCCCACUGGUGUAAGAAGCCUGUCUGUAUUGAAUGGGCAUGAUGGGCCUCUGCUGCUGCUGUCAGUCAUGUGAUUUUUGAAACUAAAACCAAUAACCUUUCAAAGGUAAACAAAUCAUGACAAAUCCCACAGCAGCCAAGUCACUUAAAAUGGUCAUUCAUCAAUGAUUUGAUAUUCUGAUUUUGAUCAAAUCUAGCUCAGAGGCUUCUUGGUGUUUCUUUGGUAAAGACUGCAAAGGCUAGCACUGUUCUUCAUACAUAUGACCGACAAGUGAGUUCAAAACCAAAUAAGUUAGUUUUAUGAUGAUGCAUUUAAAGGGAACGAAUUGCCUACAACAUAACUAGAGAUGUGCCAAAGUGGAAACUGAGGGCCUGAUUAGGGAGUGGAUCUAAUGAUGCUCUGUGUAUGUUUGGGCUACGAAUGAUCUGAUUAGACUCCUCAGUAUCAAAAAGAGAGAGGAUCCUAUGUGUAGGUUGGUAUGCAUUUUAGUUUGCUAAUGAUUUCAUUUUAAUGUCACCGUUUAGUUCCAUACUGAUCAUUUAUACUGACAAAAAGAAAGAAGAGAAAACAAGGAACCUGUCAUCAAUCAUUCAUUUAAUCAAGUAGGGAAAGUAGAUAAAUAAACAUACUGAGUUAAUUAUUCUUUUGCAUGUAAUGAUUGACAAUAAAGUGAAUUUAUGCAUGUUUUAACCCUUCAGUGUACUGCGCUGUUAGAAUUAAUAAGUACGAACUGUUGAAGGAACUUAAUUGUUAUACUCAAUAUACUCAAGAAAAGUCUUGAGAAAGUUAGCUGCGUCCAGCAUGUUUGCUGUUUGUGCUGAUGUGAAAACCACUGAGCGAUUCUCCUUCCCACUCCCAUUAAACCCCUUAAUGAAGGUUUGGGUUUUUUGUGGAAAACAAUUUGUAACCAGAAGUAACUAUGUUGCUAAUUCAAAUAGAUUAUGAAGUAAUGAAAGAAAAUAUCCCAAUUUAAAAAAGCAUAGCUUCAUGUUAAAUGAGGUCUUGAAAGUUUUACCAACCUUCUUCAGAUUAGCUAGCUUUUCCUCCAUUAUCUAUAGAUACUAAUGUUUAUGCCCCUUUCUUUUAUAAACUGGAAGUUACUUUUUAGUUAACUUUCCAAAAUGUAUCUUCAGGCAAGUGUGGAUAUGAAACAAAAUUGUCUAUUUCCAUUAGAAUUGUUGUGCCAGUGUUAUCAGAAGCAACUGAGAAAUGGGGAGGUGAGAGACCCUAAGAAGCAGGGAUACAAAGUAAUUCAGAUGUGAAUGGAAAGUAUGAAUUAGAGACCUAAAAGAGGAUGGGUGCCCUUAGUUAGACCUGUGUUGCUUCUGGGCGCACUUUAUUAAGUGACUACGUUAACAGUUUGCUCAUUCAGUAGUCGGAGGUCACUUACAGUUCUCAAGCUAGUUGACUCAGUAGUCGGAGGUCACUUCCAGUUCUCAAGCUAGUUCAACUUGAAAGCAUUAAACCUAGAACUGGGCAGAGCUGGCAGGUGCUGCUCACUCUGCAAGCAUUUGGCAGUGGUAGCUGGGUUAGAUCAUGAUGUGUUUUGAUGAGUGGAUUAGAUAAAGUAGAACUGUUAUGUAAUGAUGGCAAAGUAAAAUUUGGAAAACAUCUAAUUCUUAACUUGUAAGUUACAAACUAAAUAAAAUUCACAAAGUAAGUGUGAAAAUGAGAAACUUGUAUUGAUAUGAAAUGUAGCUCUGAAAAUAAAUCGAACAGUCCUUUUCUUUUAAAUAAUUACUUUUUCUCAAUGUACCCUCUUUGCCCCCCAUACCCCUCCUGCCAGGCAUAUCUUUGUACUUCAGGAAUUUCUGAGGAAACAUAUCAAAGAAAAUCUUUCACAGUUUUUCCAACAAUAUUUUGUGGUCAUGAAUAUUUUGCCUGCUUGUAUGCGUGUGCCUGGUGCCUGUGGAGGCUGGAAGAGGAUCCUGGAUCCCCGUGACAUGGAGUUAGAGACAGUGAUAAGCUACUGCAUGGGUGCUGGGAACCUAACUCAGAUCCUCUCCAAGAGCAUCAUGGUUUCACGACUACCAAGCCAUUACUCAGCCACAAAGAUGCGUUUUAUUUCUGUGAGCUGUGUGUGCUUGUGUGCAGCUAUAUAUCCACCUAAGUACUGCUUCUUCCAGAGGCCAGAGGUUUCAGGUGCCCCGGAGCAGAAAUUCUGUACAUUUUCUUUAUUUUGUCUCCUUAUUCCUGAGUGUGGAAUUAAACAGUAUGAAUCAAGAAUGGCCAGCCUGGUCUACAGAGGGAGUUCCAGGACAGCCAGGGCUACACAGAGAAACCCUGUCUCAAAAAACAACAACAACAAAAAAAACCCAAAAAACAAAAAACAAAACAAACAAACAAACAAAAAAAACAAACAAAAAAGAAUAGAUCUUGGUAGCCUUUUUGUUCACUGAAAUCGGUUUGUCUCUGUGUUGUUGUUGCUGUUGCUGUUGUUGUUUUUCUUGGUCUAAAUUAUGGCUUUAAUUUCCAUUCACUUAGAUAUUAAGCUAGCUAGUCUAAGAUAUUAGAUAUCUAGCUGGCUAAGUCUACUUAACAGUAACUGCAGUAACAGUUACGUCAACACCUCCUGAGAAGCCUUCAGUGCUCUUUUAUGACUUAACGUUUGAGAAAGAUGGAAAAACAGAGAAAGACUUCCAAAGCCUAAGUCCAAGUACGUGAGAUCUGUGAGUGCAUAUAGCCAGUCACCAAUAUAAAUGGUUUGGAAAAAUAUUCGGAGUAUUUGAGUGAAACUAUGUUAUUCAAAUUCAUUGCCAUUUAGUUUACAAAUAAAUAGUAGCUUCUGAGUCUCUUAUCACUCUCAGAAACACUGGAUCAGAUGAGCCUUUUGGCCGUAAGUAUAUCAAGAUAAUAAAUAAGGAGAGAGUUGUAGGAGAUCUGCAGCAAAUGUUUGGUUUAUCUUUCCAUCUUAAUCCAUGAUUCUGGGUCUCCAGCUCCAGGGUUUAGAGUCAGAAGGAUGGCAGAGCUUGCUGUGAUUUGCUGUUUACCCUGUCUGAAGUUUCCUCUGUCUCCACCUGAAAAUAAACAAAAUAAAAAGCAUUUGUGUGAUUUGUGUCUGUGUGUGUGUGUGUGUGUGUGUAAAGUGCAUGUGCACAUGUUUAAAUCUGCAUAUGAAGGCCAGAAGUCAAUAUUAGAUGUAUUUUAUAAAUGGUGUUUUAUACACACAUUGAUUCAGCUGGUCUGGCUGAGCAGUGGACUCCAAGGAUCUGCCCAUCUCCUCCUCCCUUCUAGUGUUGGAGCUACAAAAAGUGUGCUGCCAUUCCUGGCUUCAAAGUGCAUGCCGGGAAUCCAAAUUUUCAUCCUCAUGUGUGGGCUCCUUUCCUACCUACCAGUCUCUCCAGCUCUGGAAGUGUCUGGUGAUGAUUGGUUAAGUUAAGCCUUCAGCCUGGCUUCUCUUAGUGUGUUUCCCCUCGAAUUCUUGCCUUUGCGUGUCAGUUACACGGACCCUGUCUAGAUCAAGGUCUCCCGGUGAGCAGACUUAGCCAUUUCUCUUCUUUCUCCCAUCCAGUUGCAACUUUUUUCAUACCUUUAGAAUAGCAAGCUUAGGUUGACCACCUGCUACGUGACAGAAAGGAAACAGGAGAUGCAUUUCAGCUCUUUCAAUAUGUAUAAUUUAUGCAUUGUAGAACUAAGACUUCAAACUUAAGAAUCGUUAAGUUAAUUGUAAGGAAGUACACUAUGAGGUGUGGCUUGUGAAAGUGAAGAAAACUCUAAGCAGUGCACAGUGCUGUUACCAGAGGUCUGAAGAGGCCAUUCUAGGAGCACAGGAGGAGCACUAGAAUGUCCCAUUACCUUUUCUUUGCUUUAAGUGUUCUCCUACUUCACCCACUCAGUGACCCUUCUAUAGUUGGUAUUGUCCAUAUGUAUAGAUGAAGAAAUGGGCACAAAGAGACCAAGCUCAUUGUCAGGUGAACUUUCAACUCUGUACCAUGUCAGUGUAUGUCCUCAAGGAAGCCAACCCUAAGCUAUAUGGCUACUUGAAGCCAAGUCCACGAUAUGGGUUGACACACAAUCCCCCAGCUUUGGUCUAAACAGUUCAAAUUUUGUUAAGGGACUCAUGGCCAUUUUGUUCCAAUUUUUGCACAUCUCAAGGGAGUGCUGCUACAAGUGAUGAAGCCCAAGUGUCCCGAUGCUGCUGUUUGAGCUAAUAGUGCCGUGACACUCUGAGGACCCUUUGUUCUCCUUGGGCUUCUAGUCUUUAUGAGAGGUCAAUCAGGGUUUUGAUUUCCAGUGAAAAUCGAAGUGAAAUAUCAACCCCUGAGGCUGGACUUGCCACUAGAUUUGGAAAACUUUAAUCUAUCAAGACUGCAUCCUCCGGAGCACUUUGGCUACCCUUUUGAAGAUACAGAGUAUUCCUAAUGCAGCAGAGCCCUGUGGAUAUCUGGGUACUAUGUUUUGGUUUUUUUAUUUUAUUUUUUUCCUUUCCUGUGAACUGGAAACAGCAUCCCCUAACAGUCUAAAUGCUUGUCUUGACAUCAAGAUCUUUAGGUUUCUGAUACUCCAUUGUGCUCGUUGAUGUAAUCCUCCUGUUCUGGGAGUUUCAUGUCCUCGGGCUAUUUGUUAGACAGCCUUUCCCGAACCUUGCAAUACCAGUUUUCUCGGCAUUUCAGUGGCCAGCUUACUCACUGAAGGCAUCACCUAAGUACCCAUAACACAUUCUUGACUGAAUAAUAAUGUAUAUGGGACGUUACUUUUUUUUUCCUUAUAAAUGGGUAGCAAUUUACACAGCUGUGGAUGUGGGAUGUUUCAAUCCCAGACCAUGUUGUAAGAAAAAUUGAAUGACAGUGAGCAAAACAGCAGUAAUUAUAAAACUAAUUACUAAAUGCUGAUGAUGCCCAUAGGCUUUGCAUAACUAAAAUUAGAAAAGGAAAUUGCUUUCGGCUUCAGAGAGGCAACUUGCGAGUUAUUUCACUGUUUCAGUCAAAAUGGUGGGUAGGAUAUAAACUUCAAUCAGGAAAAUAUACAUGCAUACAUCUAUCCAUAGAUUUGCAUACACAUACAUCUAUCUAUAGAUUUGCAUAUAUACAUUUUCUGUGCUGAAAUGUUAUUCACUCUAUCUUAGGAUUUUAUUUAUAGAAUUGUAUGCAUACGUAGUUGUAUUGAGACGGUAAAUAUUAAAAUACUCCAGUGCUGCCGAUAUUCACUGUGCAUUUUGGCAUAUCUUAUAAUUAUAACAUUCAAGUACAUGUAUUUACAAUUUGUUUUGUAUAUUUGGAUUUUUCUCCUGUACGUUUUCAUAAGCAGAAUAUGUACAUCUCAAUCCUGGCAUAAAGGACCAAAUUCAUAGUACAUGUUUCAAAUGAAAUAUCCAAAGAAUUCAAACAUUGAUCAGCUCAUAAAAAAAUGAAGUAUUGUAAUUGGGGGAGGCAAGCGAUUGCUGUGUCCAGUAUCUCAAGGCAUAUCUUUGUUUUAUUCAGUUUGAAGCUGGGAAACAUGUUAAAUCUGCUGAGAUUGUAAGCGUACUGACUGCAGAGCCUGGACAAAUCAGGGCUUAUAAAUGUUAGGGCUGAUAUCCAAAUAUAAAUCACAGAGAUAAUGAUUUAUAUUGAGAUGCAUAUAAACAAAAAAUGAUCUAUGAAAUCAAAAAUGAUAUCAUUUACUGGUUUCUCCCAGUUAGCUUUUUUCAGUUCCCAUCCUCUCUGUCUGCUGCAGACAAAUGUGCUGGGGUACAAAUGCCUCCAAGUAAACCCUUAGUGCUCAUAGAGCAAGUUUCAGACAGAGGAGAACCUGAAUCCACAGUGAUUCAUUACUGACAAGAGAAGAAAAAUUAAGUACUUCCUUUAAAUUUCAAGCUACUUAAAUGACUCAAAUGUAACACUGUGUAUACUUUUUUCCAUUGUGUGUAAUUAUAAAAGUCUUAAGUUAAAAAUCACAAAAGAGGGCAUUGUCUGUAGACAUAUAUGACUGCAUUCAGUAAUAUAUGAAUAACUCAAGUAAUAACUGAAUCGAGGCUGUAAUGAAAGUCGUUGUCUUUUACCUAGUGGGGCAGUGCAGUGAGUUAGUCCUUCCCAUUUGUGUUAGUGAGUUUAGUAAUUAGUUCUUUCACCAAGCAAAUGGUCCAAUAAUGAAGGAAUAAAUCACAGAAUGGCAUAUAAAAUAAAUAUAGAAAGUCCAGCUCCUGUAAUGUCUGGCAGUUUAGUCAGCUGUAACUAAUGUGUAUACAAGUUGGGGUAAAAAUCUCUAUUUCUCCAAGUUACUCAGGUUUUGAGAGUCUGAACAAGUCUGUUCUGCUCACAAGAUAGUCUUUACCUAUGGAGAUGUGUUACUUGUGAACAUGGGUAUAUGAGCAGAGUCAGAGGUCAGAGUGAGCUCUGACAAAAUCAGGGAGUUGUUCUGUCAUCCAUUUUAGCCUCACAUUUACCUUCCAGUUUGUUCUUCUCUGGGUCUAGGGAAGGAUUCUCAAUGCCUUGAUGCUGAGAAACCCUAGUUUUCAUUUGGUUAGAUGAACGUGCACGUUCCAGGGUAAGAGCCAGGCAGGUGGGAGAGAGAUGGGACCUUGAAGACACGCAGUCCAUCGGUUUAUUAACAAGGAAUUACUGUGAGUCUAAAGUGCACCAGGCUUGCCACCAUCUUGAAAUAAAAUAGAAACUGUCUCCUACUGCUGUCUAAACUCAAAGCCUCAUUAUUUUUUGUAGGUGUGAAUAGAAAUUUAGCCCAAGACAGAUAGCAAAAUAGGUGGUGGGGGUGGGGGGUUUCCCAAGGUUCUUUGUUCAGAAGUCACUGUCAUUCGGCUCAUUAAGGCAGUCCACAGUGGCCCGUGGGGUACCGUUUUUAUCAGCCUGUACCAGGAAGCUAGCUAUGCUCACAGACAAGAUCAUUUUCUACAAAUUUUCUGUCAUGUUUCACCUUGGUAAUCUCCAUCUCUUGUGCGCAAAAAAAAAAAAGAAACAAUUUAUUUUCAACACUUGAGGGAUACGGAACAUCUGACUGCUGUCAUAACCCAUUGUUUUUAACAUAAACAUCAUAGCUGCAUUUGCUUUGAAAUAUUGGCCCAUUAUUGCAUGAAUCUGAGCCACGUACUAAAGUGUCACCUUGUGAUCCCUGGCAUCAAAAUUGAGACCUAUCGCCUAGAAGGUGCAAGCUGCUCCUUUCUAUGCAUUGAUUUCACCCAACUUAGAGACAGACUUCUUUUUCCUAAUUGAGUUAAAUGGCACAGCUCCCAGGAAGAAAAGCUUGAGAGCACACCUUGCUCUCAGCUGUAGCUUAUAGAAGCCUUCAAAUGUGGCUAAGGAGCCUCUGUGUUUCCCUAAAGCGAAAGCUGCUUGAUCACUUGAUGGUCAGAGCAUUACUGAACAGCUUGCUUCACAUUCCCGGAGAAGCUGUGCUUCCUAUCAGUCACAGUGGGAUUCUUUCUACUAUUUUAGUGUUGUUGUUCCUUGCAUAGAAGCAGGGAUAUGAGAGAGACACUGAUUUGAUAACCUUUUCAGUAUUUGGGAUAUCUCAAAGCUGUUCCCUAAGCUCUUGUAUCAGCUCCCUGGGAAGUUGGAACCUGUUCUUUACAUUCUAGCCUGAACUUCAUUCAUCUGCCAGAAUCAAAGCAAAGGGUCACAUUAGGCACAUUAUUGACCUCCUCCUCCUCCUCCUCCUCCUCCUCCUCCUCCUCCUCCUCUUUUUCUUGUAUGUUGUUGUUCUUCUUGAUUCUUUUCUAGUGUUACAUUUCUUACAGCCCCCUCCACCUUAUUAAAGAUCACUCAGAACACUGUGGGGUAUCUAAAUAUGAUUGCCAGAUACAACACUCCUUUGCUUUUAUCUGUAAACCUCAGUCAUUAUUGAGGUUCCGUAAGUGAUCAUUUACUGUAACAGACGUGACUUUUCUCUGUUUUCUGCCUCACGUUGACCUUCAACUCUCUCUGACUCAAGUCGAGCAAAUAGCCAUUGCUUCCCAAGGUGUCUAUGGUCUUUGAACACCUCUUUCCCUCUGAGCUGCCAGGCUGGAUUGUCUUAAAGCUCAUUCCUGAGGUAACAUCACUGCCUGAUCUUCCGAAAGUAUAAUUUCCCAGUACCUCUUGGGGGCUCGAUGUUCGUAUUCUGGGUUUGCCUUUUAAUUUCCUGAUCAGUGGCUGCGUUAGAAGUUUUUCAUGUGGCUCUGGCCUCCACAGCCCUCCUUGUGUUCUUUUCAUUUUUAUACUAAUAAUCACCAUACUUCCCAAUUAAUUGCCAUUUGUGAAUGUAAUUGGUGUGUUUCCUUUCUCUCCACACCACUAAUGAAGAUGUUAAAUAAGUCUUAGCAUGAGGCUAACCCCAGCAGAAUUCCCCUGGACCAUGGGCACAUUAGAGUUUACCACGGCCCUAUUUAUUUUUUAUGACUUCGAGAGUGCUUCUGGACGAGACAUGUUAAUUCAUUUCUAGGGUUUCACAGUAAUGGAGAUCUGUGUGAAGUGUCUGUCUAGAUAUAUAGUGCCCAGUGAACUCUGUGAUUUUCUGAAAACUAAGAGUAUUGAUUUACUUAUAUAUCCCAGAGUCUUAGAUGCAUUGUUUGCAUUCAAGACGGUGAAAACAAAAGCUUUUGUGAAUUUAAUGUAUGAAAUCUUAUCACUGUGAGAUAAAUUCAACUGAUAUUUCCAUGUUGGGAGAGAUUGGCACGGAGGAGGGCAUCAAAGGUGUUUAACACAAACAAACUAUGUAGCUGUCUGAGAGAAGAGUGCUUCCAUUUCAACCCAACAAUAUUGGGUGCACUUUCUCUAUGAUCAAAAUAUUACAAAGGGAGUGGAGAAUAAUUUAUAUCAGAGGUUCUGUGACGGAAUGAAAUGGGGCUCUUUUGAAGUAUGAUCUCUGAAAGCACAGCAUGAAGCUCAAAUAAAGUGAAGGACAUUCGCUAUUACAAGUAAUGUCCUUAAUAAUCGUGUUAGUCUAGUCUCUCUCUGUACGAGACAAAUGGAACAUUAUUGGCUUAUGGGCUGUAGUAAAUAAUUUAGUUUCCAAUAUUCAGGCUGCUUUGACAGUAAAUUAAAAUGACAUGAAAGGGGCUUGUUGAAUAAAGAAAGUAUCCAAUCAAAUUUAAUUGGCAUGACUAAGGCAGUAGAAAUAUGUUUUAUAAUUAAACCAUGUUGUCUUGGAGCUUUAUAAGCAUGUAUGAAUCAAAAUGUCAAAAAUUAUUCUUUGAUACUGUGCAUUUAAAACUUUCCAUGGUGAAUAGUUUUCUUAAACAAGCUUCUAGACAUGCAUAUUGAUGUACCAUGAAAAUAGUUUCUCAUUUUUAAAAAAAAAAUAGUAAGUGAUAAACUCACCCCUCCAUUUGUAAACCAUUGCAACUGGCGAUUCUGCUAACAGACAGACUGCUUACAGGUCUCCUUCAAUGGAGUUCAUUCUCAGAUUGAUAUAUUAAUCACUCAGGGAGCCGUGGUUUCACUAGGGUCCUCUAGCAGUAUUUGAGUAUUCAACCUUUUAGUGAGGAAAAGAAAGUUCUAAAGUCAGGGAGAUGAGCCCACAUUAGAAAAGCAUUAGUUUUGAGAAUAAAAGCAAAAGAACAAUAGGAGGUACCCUUUGGGAUUCCAUUCCCUUCGCAAAUUCAAGACGAAUUAAAUUGUCUAAAUUUACCAGCAGAGGUGCCCAGCAUUUCCGUCAUGAAAAGAAGCGGUGGGAAAGUCAGAGCCUUGUAUGAGUCUUGUAUGACUUAUUUUUCUUCCCUUAAAAUUGUGCAUAGCUAAGUCCGUAUUUGCAAUAAAAUUCCUAAUGAUUCUUUCCGCAACUUAGCUGGGAAAUAUAUGGUGGUGUCUUCAGUCUGGAGAGACUGCUUAUAAAAACAGAAAUGAGCCCAGUGAAUCAUUUUUCUCUCGCAGCCUUCUCACAGGCCUGCAUCACAAUCAACUCUAACUGGAGGCCGCUGGGGAUGGAGGGGUGUUCAGGUGCCUCACUUUCCCUGGGCUAUGAAGGUCAAGUUUGGAGCCUGGAAGUUGGCCAGCUUCUGCUUUCCUGUCUCUGAUCACUUUGGAUUAAGACAGAUUUUUGUGACCAGUCAGUCAGAUUUGGUGAUGUGGCCCAAAUGUAAGCAGCUACCUUGGAGAUUAUGUGUGGCUAAAUCUAAGAUCCUCUGAGACAAUAUGCUACAAAUGCAUUUCUAAAAUGUUAUUUCUUGUAUGGAGUCGUGGCUCUAGAUAACCUUAAAUUGUAUAAAGUAUUUCCUUGAGUGGGGGAGGGGGUAAUAAAAUGAGCGUUUGUUACCCCCAAAGUCUACAUUCUUCCCAAUGGAAGGCUUUCGCUUCUCAAGCAUAUUUUAGUUGAAAUUUUGGCAGAGGAAUGAAUUCAGGAGGCCUGAGAAAUCACUUUUCUAGUGCUGCUGGUCAAGUGAAUUGUCCAUGCAUACAAUUUGUAGAUAACUAUUCAUUUUCAUUAUUUUAGGCUUUCUUUUUUUUACAUACAUAGCUAGCAAAAAAAAAAUCAUUACUGACAAAUUGCUUUCUGUACUACUGUGACCUCAAAGGAUGAGAGAGAGAGAGAGAGAGAGAGAGAAUAUAACUUUAUAAUGGAAGCAGAAACACCUCAUCAGAGAUGAUUUCCUUGCCUGGAAGUCUUCCCAGCCUAGUCCGCUUCACCUUCAGGCCUAUGGGUUUGCUUGACUUUUAUUACUGAGUUACUGGUUUAUUUUGCACUAGGACUUCUCUUGAUCAACUUUAAUUUUAUGGGCAAGUAUGUUUAUUAUCAAAUUAUAUAUCAAAGUACAAUAAAAUCUCAUUAAUGUUUCUGGCAGUUUUGGUUGGUGUCCAUAGCUGUAACUUUGCAGUUUCGUGGGAACCUUCAGCCUUUACCUAUUUCCAGAGCUAUGCUAGACAAAUGCACUGGAUAUUUGCAAUCAAUUUUAUACUUUGGCAAGCCUGUUGAGCAUCAUGUUUUCUUUAUCCGUAUCUAAAGGUGAUGUAGUUUAACUAUAUCUGGGCAGUUGGGACUGUGAGGCUUCCAGACUGAAAGGUCUAGAGAUUACAGUGUCAGACACUUAUUUGUGGCUUCUACCUCCUGGGGUCUGAUUCAGCUGAUGGGCCCAGUGUGAAAUUAAAAUUGCCUUUCAUUCAUCUGUGGAUUUUUUUUUUCUAGCUGGCUAACUUUUAAUUUAGCCUCCUACUAACUCUAGAGUUUAUGUUAUCAUCCCUACAAAAGCAAGCUCAGAAGUGGUUGAGUCUGGGGCCACAAGACUACUAUGUGCUAUAGUCAAUAUCAGAACACUCUUCAAUUUUACUAGUUUUGCCUGCACUACAUUCCUAGAACCUUAAAUUGUAAUGGUUUGAAUAAGAAUGUCUUCCAUGGGAGCAUUAGAGAUGACUCAGCAUUUAAGAGUAUUAGAUAAUCUUCCAGAAGAACUCGGUGAGUCAGUGGUUAAGAAUAUUUAGAUAGUUUUCCAGAAGAACUGAAUUCAAUCCCCAGGACCCACAUGGAAGUUCACAACCAUCUGUAAUUACAGUUCUAGGGGAUCCGAUGCUCUUUCUGUCCUCUGCAAGCACCAGGCAUUCAAGUGCUGCACAGACUCCCAUCUGGGUAAGGCACCCAUACAUAGAAACACAACAACAAGAACAACAACAACAGAAUAUCUCUCAGGGACUCGGAUAUUUGUACACUUAGUCUCCAGUUGGCCCUGGUGUUUUGGAGGCUUAGGAGGAGUCUUGUGAAGUCUUGUUGAAGGAAGGAUGUCACCAGACAUGGUCUUUGGGAGUUUGAGGACUCCCAACACUUCUGUUUCCUGCGUUCUUCUUACAGUUGAGAAUGUGAGCUGGUCACUUGCAGCUGCCGCUGCCCUGUGUCACACUGUGGUGGUCUCUUGCCUCUUGCAAUCAUAAACUCACAUAAAUUCUACCUUCUGUAAGCUGCUCUGGUCAUGGCACUUUAUCAUAGCAACAGUUUAUAUGUUUGUUGCUGGGAGCCAGUGCCCUAACUGAGCAGUGGGCAUGGAGGCUGCCCUGCCAUUGUAUUCAGUAGGUCCUAGUCCUUCUGGAAUGCUUUUUCUGACCUGGCUCUACCUUUUAUUUGGAACAAAGGGGUUUCUUCUAGGCCAGUGGUUUCCAGAUUCUCUUCUUUUCUACACUGAGGACAUUUUACUGUGAGAUACAAACAAAUCCACAGAUGGUUGUUUGAGAGUCAUAGCCCUAGGCCAUUGAUUCCAGACAGACACCGCUGAGAGCUUUUAGAAAAUGUACUCUGUAGCACCAUUUAGGCCACCUGACUCCAUGUACUUAUUGACAAUUGACCAGGCAGCUUUAGUGAUGAGUCUGAUUAUAGGAUAAUAAUAAAUAACAUUUUUAUGUAUAAAAUCCACUAAGUGCACUUGGUGAAUUAUCUCAUUUAAUCCUUACAACACACAGCAAACCAGUUAAGAGUUAGAUUUCUAAUUCUGAUAACCCAUCUCCAUAUGCAGAGACCUUCACUCAUAUAUGACACGGCUCCUUCCUCUCCCAUUCAGCUACCUAACUCUUUUUUUUGAUUCUGUAAGAGGGCAUGUCUUUUGCUGAGCUACCUUUAUUCUCUAAAUUAUCUUGUUAAACAUUUGAUUAUCUAAAAAUAAUUGAUGCUGUAUAUUUAUACCAAAAAAUAAGAGGAGCCAGGCCAGAGGGUAAAAACAGCUAAUCUCAGCUUAUAGAGAAGUUGAGACCAAAAGCUUGUAAGUUUAACAUCUUUGUGGCAUACUAAAUGAAUUUAGGGCCAGCCCAGGCAUCUUGGUGAGAACCCAUAUGAAAAGAAAAAGCAAAAAGACAGAUGUUGACCUACUUUAGUGGCAGACUACUUGAUUAAAGUGUGCAAGGCCCUAGGUUCAAUCUUUAAUACCAUAAGUCACUAAGUUACAAGCUAAAAUAAUAGGCUUCAUCCACUCUCCAUCAUUUAAUCAUUUAUAGGAAAUAUACAAUAAUAAGCAGAGUUUCCAAAUAACAUUAAAAGUGAAAUUUAAAUGUUGCAUCAUGUGAGACUAUGCCGGGGCCUAGCAAACACAGAAGUGGAUGCUCACAGUCAGCUAUUGGAUGGAUCACAGGGCCCCCAAUGGAGGAGCUAGAGAAAGUACCCAAGGAGCUAAAGGGAUUUGCAAUCCUAUAGGUAGAACAACAUUAUGAACUAACCAGUACCCCGGAGCUCUUGACUCUAGCUGCAUAUGUAUCAAAAGAUGGCCUAGUUGGCCAUCACUGGAAAGAGAGGCCCAUUGGACUUGCAAACUUUAUAUGCCCCAGCACAGGGGAACGCCAGGGCCAAGAAGUGGGAGUGGGUGGGUAGGGGAGUGGGUGGGAGGGUAUGGGGGACUUUUGGGAUAACAUUGGAAAUGUAAACGAGGAAAAUACCCAAUUAAAAAAAAAAGAGAAAAAAAAAAAAAACUCCUUGGGCUGAGCAGUGGUGACGCAUGCCUUUAAUCCCAGCACUGAGGAGGCAGAGGCAGGCAGAUUUCUGAGUUCGAGGCCAGCCUGAUCUACAGAGUGAGUUCCAGGACAGCCAAGGCUACACAGAGAAAUCCUGUCUCAAAAAACCAAAAAAAAAAAAAAAAAAGAACUCCUUGGAUAAGCAACUUUAAGUGUUAUAGACUGUGUACAUUUAGCACUAAAACUAGGGGGGUGUGUGAAAUUAAUGUUUUUAUUAAAUUGGACAGUUUGGUUGGAUUGAUAAACGAGUGGGAGUCAGGGAAGCACACCCGUCUGCGUCCAUCUAAGAGCUGCUUCUGAGAUGACCUAAGCAUGAGGGCUCUGAAGCAAUGAGCGAAUUAAUCCCUUGGUAAGAUAAUGUUGUGAUGGCAUUAUUGGAAGGAUGAAGGUAGAAAGUAGCACCUUGUGACUGAAGUAGAUCUUGUGGGGGGCUUGCUCCUCACUGCUCUCUUCUCACUUCAUUGAAAGACUGCUUCUGCUUUCACAGUCUUCUCAAGUGCCCGGAGCUGAACCCUCUGAAUCGAAGAACAAAAUAAAUACUUCCUACCUUUGUCACCUUUUGUCAUGACAAUGAGGAAAGUAAUUAAAAUAGAGGUCUCCCCCCCCCCCCACUCCAUAGCCUACUAAUUUCCAUUAUUCUUGAAGGCAAGCAAACAAGCUUUAACUUUUAACUACUACUAUUUGUACCAUGUGUGUUUGUGUGUAGAAGGAAGGCUUGGAAGUCAUCUUGUAAUGGCAAUUGUUCACGGCUCUCCACAUCUCCCCCUUUUUAUUUUAUUAAAACGCAAGCCACUCUUUAAUGGAUGAAGAUAGAGGUCGAAUCCCUAGUGUGCAGAAAUAGGGGCCAUGUACAGGAUUGGCUCUUAGGCUCACAGGUUUUUACCCAGAGCAACCCUGACCUGCUCCCGUGCUGUUCUUUUUUAGGGGAGGGACACUUGGACACUCAACCCUCAUGUAAAUCGGCUUGUCUUCUAGGAGUGCCCAAACCUCUGAGAGACUCCUAUGCGGUGCUUAGGCCAACAAUCCAUAAGAGUUAAAGACCUACUCACUCGUUCCUGUGCAAUGAGUCUAGCCUCUAGGGGUGCAAGAGCUGAGUAUGGCCUGGGGCGAGCUUUAAUUGUUGAGUCUCUCUCAUUUUCCACAGAACCGAGGAGUGCAAGAGCAGAGAACUCAGAUGCCAAUUAAGUCUUAAGCAUGGACAGCCAAAUUUCAGGGGAGGCCCCUUGUGUGAUGUACUCAGAGGGUCAGAAUCCUUUAGUGAAGACUUGAGGUCGUCUCAGACGUGCUUCCCGGGACCCAUAACUUGUUUCUAAUCUGCCAUGCAAGCUUAUCUCUAGCCACAAUGCAGUGAUCUUAGUCUGCUGAGGUUCUGGUUCUUGGAAGGGAAGGUAUUGUCCCUGGAAUGUCAGAAGCAUUAACUCAA